AUGUCCCCAGGCCGCUCCGACCCGGAGGCGCGCCCAGGGCCUGAGCCGCCGGGCAGGGACUCCAAGGUCCGUCGCCGUUUUGGCCGUAGCAGCAACGACGCCGGUCUCUCUGCGCCGCUGGCCCGUCGCGUCAAGGAUGCCGCCGCGUCCCUCUACCAGAAGACCGUCGUCGAGCCCAUCUUACGCCGUAAGCACAUCGUUGCUGCCACCGAUGGACGACAUAUCCCCCUCCAGCUCGAACACGACAAGCCUCUGAUCGAUACCCGCCGUGGCCUCUCGUACGUGUCCAACAGCAUCCGAACGUCGCGAUAUACCGUCUGGGACUUCUUUCCCAAGCAACUCUUUUUCCAAUUCUCUCGCGUCGGCAACUUUUACUUCCUAUGCGUCGGUGUGCCGCAGAUGAUCCCGGGUCUCUCGACCACCGGAUCCUACACUACCAUCCUGCCGCUGCUUUUCUUUGUUCUCUUGACUAUUUUCAAGGAAGGCUACGAUGACUACCGACGACAUCGCCUCGAUCAAUUGGAGAAUGCUGGCUUUGCGACAGUUCUUGGAAGAGAAGAUAGAUAUACGGGCAAGCUGAAGCCAAUUACUCGAUGGAGACGAUGGAACCCGUUUGUGAUCCAUUCGACAGCCGAACCGCACCCCGCCCCUAACGAUGAAUUCAACGGACUACGAUGGGUUCCUGUAAGAUGGAGUGAGAUCAAGGUUGGAGAUAUUGUCAGGUUGUGUCGUGACGAGCCUAUCCCCGCCGAUAUUGUCUUGUUGGACAGCGAUGGAGAGAACAAGCUCGCAUAUAUCGAAACCAUGGCACUCGACGGCGAGACGAACCUCAAGAGCAAGCAGGUCGCACACGCUUUGGAAGGUUGUGAUACUCUCGAGGGGAUAUCCAAGUGCAAAGCCGAAUUCGUUGUCGAGGAUCCGAAUCCUGAUCUGUACAACUUUGAUGGUCGCGUGACCGUCAACGGCAAGGCGGUUCCAUUGACUUCGAGCGAGGUCAUCUACCGAGGCUGCGUCAUGCGAAACACCAAUGCUGCCAUUGGCCUGGUCAUCAACACGGGAGAGGACUGCAAGAUUCGCAUGAACGCCAACAAGCACCCGAAAGCCAAGAAGCCGGCCCUCGAGCGUAUCAACAACAAGAUUGUCGUCACUCUCGCCUUCUACGUCGUUGUGCUCUCUGUAGGCGUGUCAGGCGGAUAUCUCAGAUGGCAAAAGAGCACCGAGAGGCAUUCGUGGUAUUUGGAGCACGCCAAGGUGCCCUUCUACCAGAUCAUCAUUGCCUUUAUCAUCAUGUUCAACAACGUCGUCCCGCUGGCCUUGUACAUCAGUCUAGAAAUUGUCAAGAUUGGGCAGCUCCUGAUGCUCAACUCGGAUAUUGAGAUGUACGAUGAGGAGACGGACACCCCUGCGCGCUGCAACACCAACACUAUUCUCGAGAAUCUUGGACAGGUCGGCUAUGUCUUUUCAGACAAGACGGGAACUCUGACGGACAACGUUAUGAAGUUCCGUAAGAUCAGUGUUGCAGGAACGGUCUGGCUUCAUGAGAUGGAUCUUGAGUCCAAGGUCGAUGAGAUUGAAGCCGCCAAGUUGGGCGACGAAGACUCAUCAACCAGCGAACCGUCUGUCUACAAAACUGAACCUGUUACAGUUGUUAUUAGGGAGGAGCUCCAGGAGCCGACUUCGCCGUUGCCGCUUGCGUCUCCAUCUCACCCGCCCCUGUCACCUCGGCCAUCCAUGUCACGUCGCCCUUCCAUGGCCCCCUCGAGGCCUUCAAUGGCACCUUCUAGGAUGUCGUUUGGCAGCCGCAGAUCAUCAUCCCAAUGGCGCUCAACCGGACGUCCGGAUCAUGUCCAGCCCGAUGUGACAACAAACGAUCUUAUCGAGUACAUCCGUCUUCGACCUAACUCAGGAUUCGCCAGAAAAGCAAAACAGUAUAUCUUGGCGGUAGCACUAUGCCACACUUGUCUGCCAGAACACAAAGAGAAUGGCGAGUUGGAGUUCCAGGCUGCAUCUCCGGAUGAGCUCGCUCUCGUGAGAGCGGCUCAAGAACUUGGUUAUCUCGUCAUCAACCGUACGACUCAAACGAUUACGUUGCAUAUCACUCACCCUGAUGGUCAAGAGGAGGAGCUCAAAUACGAGGUCUUAGAUGUUAUCGAAUUCACCAGCGCACGAAAGAAGAUGUCCAUCAUCGUCCGUUUCCCUGAUGGACGUAUCUCGGUUAUCUGCAAGGGUGCUGACUCGGCUAUUCUUCCCCGGCUUAAGAUGUCGCAGCUCGCUAAGCAAAAGGCGACCGAAGUGCGGAAGAGUGCUGAUCUAGAACGCGAGAUGUACCGACGAAGCGAGCAACAGGAGCCUCGGAACAGUUUCGGCGGCAGGCCCAGUCUUACAGUUCGCCGGAACCCGGGCAUCUCUAGGGAUAGAAGCACCAGCAGACGGCCUAAGACGGACAGAAGCAAGUCCUUCGAGUUCAGCAGACUUGCCCGUCGCUCAGAGGAUAGGCCUCGCCUGUCUAUUGCGGCUCGCGGGGUGUCAAUCGACGCACCCAGGGGUCAGUAUUUGAAUACUCCAGUCCACUAUCAGCAACCCUUGCCCGAUCACUUGGCCUUCCUAGACGAUCCGAUCAUUCUUGAUGACUCGGAGACCUUCACAAAGUGCUUCAAGCAUCUGGAUGACUUUGCAACUGAGGGACUGCGCACUCUGAUGUUUGCGCAAAAGUUCAUCUCGGAGCAGGAAUACAAGACAUGGAAGAAGGUCUGGGACGAAGCCUCAACCAGUCUCAACAACCGUAAGGAGCGCAUUGAGGAGGCUGGUGACAUGAUUGAACAGGCCUUCGAUCUGGUCGGCGCAACUGCCAUCGAGGACAAACUGCAGAAGGGAGUUCCUGAAACUAUCGACAGGCUACGCAGGGCCAACAUCAAGAUCUGGAUGCUGACGGGCGAUAAGCGGGAGACGGCUAUCAACAUUGCGCACUCUGCUCGAAUCUGCAAGCCUGGCUCUGAUUUGUACAUUCUCGAUGUCAGCAAGGGUGGCCUGGAUUCUCAGUUGGUUGCCUUGUCUGAGGAUCUUCAGGCUGGUUCGAUUCACAGCGUGGUUGUUAUCGACGGCCAGACGCUUGCAGCCGUGGAGAAAUCACCCGAGUUGUCUGUUCAGUUCUUUAAGGUCAUGCUGCAAGUCGACUCGGUCAUCUGCUGUCGAGCAUCACCGGCCCAAAAGGCACUCCUUGUCCGAACUGUCAGGUCUCGCCUCAAGUCGUUCCGAGGAAAGAAGAGACGAGGACUCACUCUAGCGAUUGGCGACGGCGCAAACGACUUGGCCAUGAUAUCGGCAAGCCACGUCGGCAUUGGUAUUUCGGGCAAGGAAGGUCUUCAGGCUGCUCGUGUGGCAGACUACGCCAUUGCUCAGUUCCGGUUCCUGCAGCGGCUGUUGCUUGUUCACGGGCGAUGGAACUAUGUUCGCACCGCCAAGUUCAUUCUUUAUACGUUCUGGAAGGAAAUGUUUUUCUAUCUACCCACGGCGCAGUAUCAGAGAUACACUGGCUACAGCGGUACCUCUCUGUACGAAGCCACGAGCUUGACUGUCUUCAACACUUUAUUCACCAGUCUGGCCGUUAUCUGUAUGGGAAUCUGGGAGCAGGACCUCAGCGCCGAAACGCUCUUGGCUGUCCCCGAGCUCUACGUUUUCGGCCAGCGCAACAUGGGUCUGAAUAUCGGCAAGUUUGCCCGGUGGAUGCUUCUCGGAGCCGUCGAAGGAGUCAUUGCUUGGUACGGUGUCUGGACUGGCUAUGGAUGGAUCUCACCGUCUGCGCGUGACCAGGGGCUGUAUGCUCUGGGAACGCUGGCAUUCUCGGUUGGGGUCCUAUGGAUCAACUGGAAGCUAUUCUUCACUCACCUUUUUGGCGACGACGCCGUGUGGUGGUCAACUCUGUUCAUCGUUCUCGGACUCAUCGGACUCAUGGAGAUUGUCAUGAAGUCCUCUAAGCGGCUUCUUCUCGUCGGCGGUCUUUGGCAAUGGCCGCCCUGGGGUCAGAGUCGACGCGGAGACAACAUCGAGGAAUGGGACGUGGAGCUUUGGCAAGAGUUGGAACAGGAUCCUGCCAUGCGGCAACGCCUCCAGCGCCUGUCCCGCGAUGAGCCGGAGGAAAGGAGACGGUAG